CUUUUUGGAGCCAGUUGAUAUGUAAGUUUUUUUCCUGGAUAACCCCUUUAACUACAUUUAUUAUAUGUGACUUUUUAGAAAACUCCACUCAAUAGGUGUCAUACAUGUGACCUUACCCUAAAAUGGCGUAAAGGGGAAAGUGCAGGCUUGAGCAAAAGUUUAAAAAAGAUGGAAAUGAUAAAUUCCCUUUUUGUUUUUGAACGCAGAACUGUAGCUCUGACUUGCAGCUGAGGUAAUAACAGGUGGCUACAUGGUUAGUGCUCCCUGAAAUAUGCAAAUCCAGUGACUUCUAUGUCAGUCAGUCCAUGUAUAAAGCAGUGUUUCCCAACCAGGGUGCCUCCAGCUUUUGCAAAACUACAACUCCUAGCAUGCCCGGACAGCCAACGGCUGUCCGGACAUGCUAGGAGUUGUAGUUUCGCAACAAGAGUCAUGUAUCUACUCUGCUGCAUAGAAGGUAAAGCUGUGGAUCUCUUCCUGGACACUCCUAUUCUCUGCAAGCGAAGAAGCGAAAGUGAAAGUAAUAGAACAAGAGAAGGACUGAAACUGCACUGAAAACUCAGAAAUGGAUAACUACCCCGUCUCCCUCAUACUAUGCGUGCUGCUAAUAGGCGGAACUUGGUCCAUUGAAGACCCAACAUACAUCAAAUUACCUUGCUUGUAUGAACGUCCAAACCAUCAUCUGCUGGGUGACCAACCAGUUUCCUUAAAUACGGCCUGGGUAGUGCUGGGAAGUGGACAGGGCAUCAGUGUCCAAAAUUUAGAUUUUGAAGGAGUUACAUUUAUUUUUAAAGAUUCACCAGUAAAUUUGAUGCCAUUUUUAAAGGAGGGCAUCACAGAUCUGAAAUGUGAAAUCAAACCAUAUUUCACAGCCAACACACAGAUUCUAUGGCCUGGUGUUAAGAGUACAGAUAACGGGCUCAAUUCCUGGUAUAUCUACACAGUACAGGACUCUGCUGGCAAAUUUCACACUGCAACUUUUUUCACAAAACUUACAGAGACUGCAGAAAAGAAAGAGGACAAACAUCAUGUGUUAGCUACUUUUAUGUUAAGCACCAGAACCCGUAAUGUCUACGCAAGACUGGGAGACAGCGUGCUCCUGGAUUGUGCAUUCACUGUGGAUCACCAGGCUAAGAUCUCAGUCACUUGGAGCUAUCGAGAAAGUUCAGAAGUAAAAAUACUGUCUUACAAUGGAGACACUAAAAAGCUACAAAAUAACUGGAAAGAUGCUUACAUGAAUGUAGAAGAAUUAAAAACUGGAAAUGCCUCUCUACUGGUCAACAAUCUGAAGAAAGAAGGACUCUUCACCUGCACGGUAUCUGUAGCUUCUCUCUUUGCUGAGCAGCAGAUUCAUCUGUACAUCAGAGAAAGCCCCUUGGUAACUCUAAAUGUAGGCUCAGCAUUAACUCUGAGUGAAGGUGAUGAGCAGAAGUUUGUUUGUGAUGCUUCCGGUUACUAUCCAUUGGACGUCAAUAUUGAAUGGCUGCGUGAGCUCCCAAAUACUGGACUUCUGCCAUCUGUACUGUCAAACGUUGUGUACAGCAGCCACAAGCAUAAUCAUAAUGGCACUUACAGUCUUUCUGGCUUCUUCCUGUACACGGCUUCCCUCCAGGACAACGGUGUCACAUUCACUUGCCGGGUGGAACAUUCAAGUCUCAAAAAACCAAUCAGAAAGAGUGUGACGCUUACAGUUUUAGAUUCUCAGCCUUGGAUGCUUCUUAUAGUCAUUGUCAUUUUGAUUCUGGUUCUUCUCUACUGUGUAAGGAUCUACUAUAAAGAGAUGAAUGCCAACAAGACAAAGCCAUAUUAAGGAGAAGAAUAAAUGUAGAUAAGGUGUCAACAGUGGUGAAAUAGCAAGAUGUGAUAUAUUCUCUGAAGAAGCAGAAAGAUAUAUUGAACUGAAGUUGGCAGAAUGUGUCUUUAGCAGUAGUAGAAUUUACCCUACAGCAAUACAUACAAAAAUAGAGGCAAAAAAAAAGGUUGAACAAAAUAAACAAAAAAUAAAGAAUAUAGGCUGUACAAUAAAAAGUUUUACAUUAUUUAAAUAUAAUAUUUGUAUCAAUUCCUUGUGGUUUUCAAGGUCUCUGCUUGCUGUCAUUUAUUAGUAAUCUUCUCUAAUUGUUUGUCUUGAUGAUGUGAUGGACAUAUAGGUGAUCAGCUCAUAAGAAAGCUGUAAUACAGAUACUGUACCAGUAAUAAACCUUGUACCUGUAUGUCCAUGACCAGGACAGAUUUAUAGCCACUGUAUGUCAAUAAUUAAUGGUCAUUUAGAAAGGUGGUACCGUAUUUCUCGCCCUAUAGGACGCACCGGCAUAUAAGACGCACCCAAUUUUAAAGGUGCAAAAUCUAGAAAAAAUAAGAUUCUGAACCCAACAGUGAUCUUCAACCUGCGGACCUCCAGUUGUUGCAAAACUACAACUCCCAGCAUGCCCGGACAGCCAUUGGCUGUCCGGGAAUGCUGGGAGUUGUAGUUUUGCAACAUCUGCAGGUCCGCAGGUUGAAGACCACUGGUAUAGGAGGUAAUAGUCACGUGUCCCCACCGCUCCGGACCCGUCACCGCUGCCCUGGAUGUCGCUCCAUCGAUCUCACCGUGCCCCCGUGGUGUCCCCGACGCUCCAGGCGUCUUCUUCCCCGGGAUCCACGCUCUCCGUUGCCGUCAUCACGUCGCUAUGCACGCCGCUCCUAUUGGAUGACGGGACAGCGUGCGUGCCGACGUGAUGACUUCGAAGGAGAGCGCCGGCCAUGCAGGGGAUCCUGGCACGGAGCAGACACCGAGGAGGCAGGUAAGGUCCCUCCCGGUGUCCUGUAAGCUGUUUGGGACGCCGCGAUUUCACCGCAGCGGUCCCGAACAGCCCGACUGAGCAGCCGGGUUAGUGUCACUUUCGCUUCAGACGCGGCGGUCAGCUUUGAUCGCUGCGUCUGAAGGGUUAAUACAGGGUGUCCUGUAUUAAUACCAGAUGUCCUGUAUUAACCGCGGGUUCCGGCCGUUGAUGUCCACAGGGACCGCCGCGAUAGGUGUGUAUUCGCCAUAUAAGACGCUCCAACUUUUCCCCCCCAGUUUUGGGGAAGAAAAAGUGCGUCUUAUACUGGAAAAAUAUGGUAAUUUUGCAAGCCGCGAGAAAUUGAUACCUAAACUAUAAUGGAAAAUGGUAGAACUUUUCAUUGUACAGUAUAAAGAAUAACUUUGUCUUUGUAGAUUUUUUUCACAAAUGACUAUUGUACUGCACUGUGCAGUUCUUUGUGUAAAUAUGAUCCAUUUUAAAAUUGGCUCCUAAAUGGUAUAGCUUUUCUCCCCGCUCAUGUCUGCUUUUAUCUGUAUAUCGCUAUGCCGCAUAAGACAAACUUCCUGCUAAGCUCCAUUGGUCCCGCCUCCAGUGGUGAGACCCGGUGUAAUGUAAUUCUAUGGUGCUGUACUAAAGUCAUUUGUAAAAAAAAAAAAAGCUCUAGAAAUACACUUUAGGCCAAGAUUUAUCAGCAAAUUUGCAUAAAAAAUGGUUUUCUACAGUUAAAAAAAAAUGAUUUUAAAAUUGUUUGACCCAACUGUUAGGGUAGAGUCACACAGGGCACUUCUGAUUUGUCGAUGGCAGUCACAUGAGGCAGUCCCGCUGUAGAAAUCUGUUUCUAUCACAGGACACACAGAGCACAGAGGACACACUAAAGCAGGGAGCUCGGUCUGCAGUCCCUCUUGUGAGAAAUCCGCAGUGUGAAAUACGCUGGUGAUGCACCCCAUGUGACCCCGCCCUAAAAGUUAACAGUCAGUGCUUGUAGAAGGUCAGCAAUAAACCCAUAGAGACUUCUAAGUAAUGGGUAAAAAUAGUAUUAUUCUAGACCUGUGCUCAGGAAGUAAGCACUGUAGUAUAAAAAGCAAAAUGGGGAGAUAGUUUUAUUUUAGACAAGUCUAUUGAAACUUACAGCAACAAUUGUUGCACUGUAUUGUUGCUAUAUAAGAGACUUGCUUUGUGUUAUUGUACUGUAUGUCUGUACCAACUGUACAUAUUAGUCUAUUGUAAAUAUUUUGAGUGCUGAUGAAAAUUUGAAUUUAUGAAU